AUGCUUCCGUUCUCUUCGUCCCGCGUGCGGGCGCUGUGCCCGUAUCUGCGCGGUAUGAGCCGCGAAAAGCUGCACAAGCUGUCGCGUUCUCUUUCUGUGGCUAGUGGCGGCCAGCUCCUGCUGGCUCGCGCCAAGCAAUGCCCUGUUAUGAGCCAGUCGAUUGCUCAGUCGAAUGAUGGCUCCUCGGCGAACGAGACGCUUGGCGGUGCCUCGGCCAGCACUAUGCAGCCUCCUCACCCCGUCUCGCGUUCGUGGGUCGAGCGCCACGGCGGCGUGUGUCCGGUGGGUGGCCACACCCUUUCGGUGAACUCGAAACGUUCGUACACCACGCAGAGCUUUGCCCCCAAGGCCUCCAUGGUCAUGUUUGACCACGACAAUCAGGUGGAGCAGGCUGCCCCCACGACGACGCUGCCGCCGUACCAGAAGCGCACGCCGGGUUCGGGUCUGGGACCGCUGCCGGAGCCUGUGGCGAAGGACGGCCCGGGGUUUGAUUUUGAGCGGUUCUACCACGACCAGCUCAAGACGAAGCACGAGCAAAACACGUACCGCUACUUUAACAACAUCAAUCGCCUUGCGGAGCGUGCGCCGAUGGGCCAUCUGACGGAAAACGAGGGCCACGAAAUUACGGUUUGGUGCUCGAAUGACUACCAAAACAUGUCGCGCCACCCCCGUGUGAUUGCAGCCAUGAAGAAGACGCUCGAAAAGUAUGGUGCCGGCGCUGGUGGUACGCGCAACAUUGCCGGGCACAACAUGCACGUCGAGCACGCGGAGGAGGUACUGGCGCGCCUGCACCGCAAGGAUGCAGCGCUCGUGUUUGGCUCGUGCUAUGCAGCCAACGACGCGACGCUUACAGUGCUGGGCUCCAAGCUGCCGGACUGUGUUAUUCUGAGUGACAGCAGCAACCAUGCGUCGAUGAUUCAGGGCAUCAAGCAUAGCGGAGCGAAGAAGAUGAUCUACAAGCACAACGACAUGGCCGAUCUGGAGGCAAAGCUCCAGUCGCUGCCAGUGUCUGUGCCCAAAAUCAUUGCAUUCGAGUCGGUGUACAGCAUGUGCGGGACGGUCGGCCCAAUCGAGGAGACGAUCGCGCUUGCGAAGAAGUACGGCGCGAUCACCUUCCUGGACGAGGUACACGCCGUCGGUAUGUAUGGUCCGCACGGCGCGGGCGUCGCCGAGCACCUGGACUGGAUGCUGAACGCGACGAUGCCGCCGGGCCGCCUGCGUGGCACAGUCAUGGACAAUGUGGACAUUAUCACUGGCACGCUCGGAAAGGCGUACGGCAAUGUGGGUGGCUACAUUGCCGGCUCGAACCGCAUGGUGGACCUGAUCCGCUCGUACGCGCCGCAGUUCAUCUUCAGCACGACGCUGCCGCCCUCGGUGCUCGUGGGUGCAGCGACGGCCGUUGAAGUGCUUAUGGAGUCGAACCACACGCGCCAGCUGCAGCAGAUCCGCACGCGCGAGCUGAAGAAUGCCCUACUGGAUGUGGGCAUUCCCCUGCAGAGCAACCCGUCGCACAUCGUGCCGGUGCUCGUGGGAUCGGCGGAGCUGGCCAAGGAGGCGUCGGAUAUGCUGCUCAACGAGCACGGAUGUUAUGUGCAGCCGAUCAACUAUCCGACCGUGGCUAUGGGUCUGGAGCGCCUGCGCAUCACGCCGACGCCGCAGCACACUUCAGAACACGUGGCACACCUGGUCGGCGCACUCCAGCAGGUGUGGAAGAAGCUGGGUCUGCGCACUGUGGACGACCUUUUGGCUACGCCGCCGGGCACGGACCCGCUCGCUGACCUGUUCCGUCGCUCGCAGUUCGAGGACGACACGGCGCCGCUGUGGAGCGAUGCGAUGCUGGCGCUGCCGAGCGAGAUGCUCACCGGUAGCAGCUCGGCAUCGCUGCGCUGCCGCUGCACGCAGACGCCCUCGUCUCACGCCCGCGUGUCGUCCGCUCUGUCGGCCUAG